AUGGGGGAAGAGCACGAAAAAGAAAAUAACUGUGUGCUGGGGGAGGUAGCAGGGAAUGAACCUCCCACCUCCGACAGCAGCUGGGCUUUCCGCUGCAUAACCCUCACAAUCAGCUCCUUCACCAGAACACAGUGCUCCAGCACUUUCCCUCUCCCUCGCCAGUCUGUUCUCUCUCCUCACCUUCGGCCCCAGUGCCAUCUGCCCCCGUCUGGGCGAGAUGCCUUCCGCGCUUCUGCCACUCCCCUCACAACGUUAUCGCUACACAGUUCCUCCGAAACAGGCGUUGCUUCCUCCCAGCUGCUGCAAGCCCUGACCGCCCCUCCGGCAGACCUUGAGCCGCUGCCUGUCCCCCCGCGGGCUCCCGCGGCCGCAGGGUCCCGUCCCCGCGGGGCCACGGGCGCGGCCCACAGCCCACAGCCCGGCCGCACCGGGCCCCGGGCCCCGGCCCCUCCUCAGCGCCCCGGGGGACAGCCGGCACCGACCCGGGCACAGCCCUCAGCGCCCCGGGGGACAGCCGGCACCGACCCGGGCACAGCCCUCAGCGCCCCGGGGGACAGCCGGCACCGACCCGGGCACAGCCCUCAGCGCCCCGGGGGACAGCCGGCACCGACCCGGGCACAGCCCUCAGCGCCCCGGGGGACAGCCGGCACCGACCCGGGCACAGCCCUCAGCGCCCCGGGGGACAGCCGGCACCGACCCGGGCACAGCCCUCAGCGCCCCGGGGGACAGCCGGCACCGACCCGGGCACAGCCCUCAGCGCCCCGGGGGACAGCCGGCACCGACCCGGGCACAGCCCUCAGCGCCCCGGGGGACAGCCGGCACCGACCCGGGCACAGCCCUCAGCGCCCCGGGGGACAGCCGGCACCGACCCGGGCACAGCCCUCAGCGCCCCGGGGGACAGCCGGCACCGACCCGGGCACAGCCCUCAGCGCCCCGGGGGACAGCCGGCACCGACCCGGGCACAGCCCUCAGCGCCCCGGGGGACAGCCGGCACCGACCCGGGCACAGCCCUCAGCGCCCCGGGGGACAGCCGGCACCGACCCGGGCACAGCCCUCAGCGCCCCGGGGGACAGCCGGCACCGACCCGGGCACAGCCCUCAGCGCCCCGGGGGACAGCCGGCACCGACCCGGGCACAGCCCUCAGCGCCCCGGGGGACAGCCGGCACCGACCCGGGCACAGCCCUCAGCGCCCCGGGGGACAGCCGGCACCGACCCGGGCACAGCCCUCAGCGCCCCGGGGGACAGCCGGCACCGACCCGGGCACAGCCCUCAGCGCCCCGGGGGACAGCCGGCACCGACCCGGGCACAGCCCUCAGCGCCCCGGGGGACAGCCGGCACCGACCCGGGCACAGCCCUCAGCGCCCCGGGGGACAGCCGGCACCGACCCGGGCACAGCCCUCAGCGCCCCGGGGGACAGCCGGCACCGACCCGGGCACAGCCCUCAGCGCCCCGGGGGACAGCCGGCACCGACCCGGGCACAGCCCUCAGCGCCCCGGGGGACAGCCGGCACCGACCCGGGCACAGCCCUCAGCGCCCCGGGGGACAGCCGGCACCGACCCGGGCACAGCCCUCAGCGCCCCGGGGGACAGCCGGCACCGACCCGGGCACAGCCCUCAGCGCCCCGGGGGACAGCCGGCACCGACCCGGGCACAGCCCUCAGCGCCCCGGGGCACAGCCGGCACCGACCCGGGCACAGCCCUCAGCGCCCCGGGGCACAGCCGGCACCGACCCGGGCACAGCCCUCAGCGCCCCGGGGCACAGCCGGCACCGACCCGGGCACAGCCCUCAGCGCCCCGGGGCACAGCCGGCACCGACCCGGGCACAGCCCUCAGCGCCCCGGGGGACAGCCGGCACCGACCCGGGCACAGCCCUCAGCGCCCCGGGGCAGUCCGUACCAGCCCCUAA